AUGUCUUUCUUCGAACCCGCACCCGAGCCAGCCACCGAGCUCGGCAGAUUGCGCAUUCUGUCUUCGACUGCUGGUGUCCGCGUCUCACCUCUGCAGCUUGGUGCCAUGUCGAUCGGUGAUGCAUGGUCCGAGUUCAUGGGCAGCAUGGACAAGAAGCAGUCGUUCGCUCUUCUUGACGCCUUUGUCGAGGCCGGAGGCAACUUCAUCGACACAGCCAACAAUUACCAGAACGAGCAGUCUGAGCAAUGGCUCGGUGAGUGGAUGCAAGAGCGUGGAAACCGUGAUCAGAUGGUCAUUGCUACAAAGUUCACCACCGACUACAAGGGCUAUGCUCUGGGCAAGGGCAAGGCUGCCAAUCACUGCGGAAACCACAAGCGCAGUCUGUUCAUGAGUGUUCGCGACUCGCUCAAGAAGCUCCAGACCGACUUUAUCGACAUUCUCUACCUGCAUUGGUGGGAUCACACAACCUCAAUCGAGGAGAUCAUGGACAGCCUGCACAUCCUGGUCGAGCAAGGAAAAGUCAUGUACCUCGGUAUCAGUGACUCGCCUGCCUGGAUCGUAUCAGCCGCCAACUACUACGCCAGAGCUCAUGGCAAGACUCCCUUCUCCAUCUACCAAGGCCGCUGGAACAUCAUGCUCCGUGACUUUGAGCGUGAGAUUAUUCCCAUGGCCCGUCACUUCGGUAUGGCUCUUGCCCCUUGGGAUGUCCUCGGUGGUGGCAGGUUCCAGACAAAGGCCGCCAUCGAAGAGCGCAAGAAGAAGAACGAAGGUAUCCGCAGCUUGAUGGGCGGUCCCGAACAAUCCGAAGACGAAGCCAAGAUGAGCGCUGCCCUCGAGGAAGUCGCCAACGAGCACAAUGUCACCAUCACUGCCGUUGCUCUGGCCUACGUCAUGUCCAAGACCAUCAAUGUCUUCCCUCUUGUCGGUGGUCGCAAGGUCGAGCAUCUUCACGACAACAUCAAGGCUUUGACUAUCAAGCUGUCCGAUGCGCAGAUCAAGAAGUUGGAAGAUGUCAGACCGUUUGAUAUUGGCUUCCCUAACAACUUCAUCGGUGAGAACCCUGCCAUCUCCGGACAGCCUAACUUCUUGCUUGGUGCUUCUGCCUCGAUUGCAUGGCAGAAGUUGGCCAAGCCCAUUGGUCAUGAAUAG